UUACUGACUGGGCCAACGAUACAGCAGCAUACACUGGUGUUGGCUUGACAGUCUGUGGCCAACUCUGUGUUUCGUCGUGAAUUGUAGCGCGUUUUUGCUACAAACAAGAUGUAUGUAUAAUUUUUUGAAUGGCAAAAAGAAUGGGAGAUUAGGAUUGAAAACAUUUCGGCGCGGCGUUCUUCAGAGGAAAGGAUUCUUCUUUCGUGGUGGUGGAUUUUUUUGUUGUUGUUGCCUGUAGCAAAUUUCAUUGGCUGUUGUGGACAUUUUGGAUUCAUUUUAAUGUUCCUUUUUUAAUAUUUUUAAUCCAAAUAUCUUAUCAUAUCGAAUACUUGUGUCCCCCGUUUUAUUUUAGUCAUUACUUUUUGUUUAUUGUCUGACACACUGGACACUGUUUUUCAGUGAGACGCAAACUCGGAAUGCUAAACAACUUUCGAGGGGAUUGGUCUCUCGCGAAAGAAUGCGUUUGCUAACUGGAUAGCUAGCCAGUUAUCUAGCUAGCUAACGCUAAGUGUACUUCGAGUGGAUGCUUGAAGGGGAAAACGUAGUCGGCCAGCGAAUUUAUACAGUUGAAAAGUUUCGUGGUUUUUAAGCAAUUUCUGGACUAUAUAACUAAUUCGACAUCAUUUUACGAUAAGCACAUGUGCUGCUGUUGGGUCUCUCACCUGCCAUCAGCUGGGAUCCAGAGGCCUAGGUCAUAAAUGACAAGUGCCUGAGGAUGUCGAGCAAGCGGAACCUGUUUGUGCGGCUGGUGCCGUGCCGCUGCCUGCGGGGGGAGGAGGAGGCGGUGACGUCUCUGGACUACUCCCACUGCAGCCUGGAGACUGUGCCCAAGGAGAUCUUCAGCUUGGAGAAGACCCUGGAGGAGCUCUACCUGGACGCCAACCAGAUCGAGGAGCUGCCCAAACAACUGUUCAACUGCCAGUUGCUCCACCGGCUGAGCAUGCCAGACAAUGACCUCACGGUGCUGCCUGCGGCCAUCGCCAACCUCGUCAAUCUCAGGGAGCUGGACGUCAGCAAGAACAGUAUCCAGGAAUUUCCAGAAAAUAUCAAGAACUGCAAAGUCCUGGCUAUCGUUGAAGCGAGUGUGAAUCCCAUCUCCAAGCUCCCAGAGGGUUUCACCCAGCUCCUCAGCCUGUCACAGCUCUACCUGAAUGACGCCUUCCUCGAGUUCCUUCCAGCCAGCUUCGGCAGGUUGACUAAACUGCAGAUCCUGGAGCUGAGAGAGAACCAGUUAAAGAUGCUGCCAAAAAGCAUGCACAAGCUCACCCAGUUGGAGAGGCUGGACUUGGGGAGUAACGAGUUCACUGAAGUGCCUGAGGUAUUGGAGCAGCUCACUGGAAUCAAAGAGCUGUGGAUGGAUGGAAACAGGCUGACGUUCCUACCAGGGAGGCUGGGCACUCUGAAGCAGCUGUCCUACCUGGACGUGUCCAAGAACAACCUGGAGAUGGUGGAUGAGCAGAUCUGUGGCUGUGAGAGCCUGCAGGACCUGCUGCUCUCUAACAACGCACUCACACAGCUGCCUGGAUCCAUAGGCUCCCUGAAGAAACUGACUGCUCUGAAAGUGGAUGAGAACCAGCUCAUGUAUCUUCCCGACUCUGUCGGAGGGCUGGCAGCCCUGGAUGAGCUGGACUGUAGUUUUAACGAGAUCGAGGCUCUGCCCUCCUCCAUCGGACAGUGUGUCAGCAUACGCACCUUCGCCGCUGACCACAACUUCCUCACACAGCUGCCCCCAGAGAUGGGCAGCUGGAAGAGUGCCACCGUGUUGUUCCUGCACUCCAACAAGCUGGAGUCUCUGCCCGAGGAGAUGGGAGACAUGACCAAGCUCAAGGUCAUCAACCUCAGUGACAACAAGUUGAGGAAUCUUCCCUACAGCUUCACCAAGCUCAACCAGAUGACUGCUAUGUGGCUGUCUGAGAACCAGUCGAAGCCCCUCAUCCCUCUGCAGAAGGAGGAGGAUCCAGAAACCCACAAGACAGUUCUCACCAACUACAUGUUCCCCCAGCAGACCAGGACAGAGGACUACAUCCCCAGCUCUGACAGCGAGAGCUUUAACCCCUCCCUGUGGGAGGAGCAGAGGAAGCAGCGGGCCCAGGUGGCCUUCGAGUGUGACGAGGACAAGGAUGAGAGGGAGACGCCUCCACGGGAGGGCAACCUGAAGCGCUACCCGACACCAUACCCAGACGAGCUGAAGAACAUGGUGAAGACGGCCCAGUCAGUCGCCCACAGGCUGAAGGAGGACGAGUCGGGCAACAAGUCAGGGAAGGAUGCCAGACCUAGCGAGCGUAACCAUGUGGGAGUGCAGGACGUGGGAGUCAAGGUGAUUGAGGCUCCCUGUGCCAACGGCAAGCCAGUGGAGAUGGAGCCCAAAGCGCCUGUCUGUGUCCAGGACUCCACGGCACCCCUGGAGACCUCUGAAUCCUACAACUCCCAGAAGACCUCUCUCCGAACCUCCGACAACACCAGGACCAUGAACCAUGAGGACACCCUGGAGUCUUUUUCUCUGCAGGACUCCGAGGAGCUUUCGUCUGAGGAGGAGGAGAUGAAGAUGGCGGAGAUGAGACCUCCUCUGAUCGAGAUCACCAUCAACCAGCCCAAAGUGGUGGCCCUAAGUAAGAACAAAAAAGAUGACGGUAAAGACGCUGACUCGUUGCUGGACGAGACGGUGGCCAACAGCAAUCAGAACAACAGCAACUGUUCGUCCCCGUCGCGCAUGUCGGACUCUGUGUCUCUGACCACGGACAGCAGCCAGGACAACUCCCUGUGCACCCCCGAGAGAGAGGCCAAGAUGCCCUUCCUACCCAAAAGCAGGCAAGAGGAUGUAAACAUGAACCAGCGGAAGGACAGCACCCCUCUCCUCCAGAACGGCAAUGGCUCAGCCACGUCCCUGCAGGCCCUCCUGAAGACCCAGCAGGGCUACGAGUCCAAGCCCGAGAAGAUGGUGGUUGACUACGACCUGUCCAUGGAGAGGCUGGCCUUCAUCGAGAAGGGCAACAACAACGGCAUGGGUGACGCCUACACCAAGUGGGACCAGAUCAACAUGAAUUUGGCCAAGCUGCCGCCUCAGCCGGACAACAUGGUGGUCCAACUGGACGACCGCCCGAACGGCUCAAGCGCCAAGGAGGACUUUAACCACUUGCCUCCCCCAUAUAACAAUGACAACUCUACGGCGCCCAUCACGGACCACUUGAAGAACGGCAACCAGCUGGGCGACCACUUCAAUAGCCACUCCAGCGAGGGACUGGCUGUGUCGCCUAUGAGGGUGGACUCUGCCACGUCGAUGGUGCGGACGGCUUCUGCGGGCGUGACGGCCAGCAGCAACAUGUCUCUGUCUCGCAGCACCGAGGAGCUGUCCCCGGAGAAACGAUGCUCCCCUCCUGUAGUGGCGAAGGCUCAGAGCAUCACCAACAUCGAGGCGGGGGGGAUGAAGCUGUACUCCUUGGACGCUGAGGGGGGCUCCUAUGAGGGUGGUGUUGUGGGCAGGAUGGCCGGAGCCGGCCCGGGGGCCCAGGGCCAGAGCAUCGUCCGCAGCAAGUCAGCCUCCCUGCUCAACGACCAGCCCUUCCAGGUCUACUCCGGUUCCUCAGCUUCCUCCUCCGACCUGCUCUCCAGCUCCUCCAAGCCUCUCGUCAGCACCGGCCGCUACCCCGUCCCCUCUGGCAUGGCCAUGGGCCCGCCGCCCCAGUACAACGUCCAGUACUCCAGCAGCACCAUGCCCAAAGACGGCCUGUGGACCCAGAGGACCCCCGUCCUCCCCGACCAGGGCUUCCUUCCUCCGCCCCAGCAUUCUCUGGCCAACACCAACUACUCCAACCGCAACCAGGCUCCUCCCUACCUCCUCCAGGCCCAGCAGAGAGGCCCGCCCACGGGGCCCGGUGAUAUGUGGGCUAAGGAGAGACACCUGCCACUCGGAGCUCAGCCACGGAGCGGCACCCUUCAGAGGCAAAGCAGCAGCAGUUCCUCCAUGGGGGACCCCCGGCGCAUGCAGGUGCCCGAGGGAGAGUACAUGACGUACAGGGACAUCCACACCCUGGGCCGGGGGCCGCUGGCCGUGGCUCAGGCCAUGCAGAGGCCUCUGUCGGCCCGUACCUACAGCAUUGACGGGCCCAGCACCCCAAGGCCCCAGAGCUCCAGGCCACAGCCCCACGAGCUGCCCGAGAGGACCAUGUCAGUCAGCGAUUUCAACUACCAGCACGUCAGCCCCAGCAAGAGGCCCAACGCCAGGGUGAAGUCUGAGCACUCGUUGCUGGAUGGGCCGGGAGGACCGGGAGCAGGAGGAAGGGUACCGGUGGACUGGAGAGAUCAGGUGAUGCGCCACAUCGAGGCCAAGAAGAUGGAAAAGAACGCCUUGUCUCGGUCCUAUAAUUCCAAUUACGCCCCGCUGAGCUGCUCCCACUACGGCAGCUCUCGGGACGUGCACCACUCAGGCAGCCAAGGCUCUCUGGUCUUUAGUGCUGCCGCAGACGGACGGCCUUAUGGAGCCCAGGGCCACUGUGAUGACGUGUUUGGACCUCAAGGGCAGCAGGGCUACACCAUGGACACCCUCCGACAAGUGCCUUCGUUGAACGGUCAGCUGGGCGGUCCGGUGCGUGGCCAGAUGACGUCGUGCCAGACGCCCAUGGCCCGCCACCCCUCCAGAGAGCAGCUCAUCGACUACCUGAUGCUCAAGGUCUCCCAUGGCCAGCAGCCCCAGGGGCCCCCUCCACCACGGGCCGACCACGACACACUACAGCAGGAGUUCCGGGUCAAAGUGGAGAAGAACCCAGAGCUCGGGUUCAGUAUAUCAGGAGGAGUAGGAGGACGGGGAAACCCUUUUCGUCCGGACGAUAAUGGCAUCUUUGUGACAAGGGUCCAGCCUGAGGGACCUGCCUCCAAGAUACUCCAGCCUGGAGACAAGAUCCUCCAGGCAAACGGAUAUAGCUUUGUGAACGUUGACCAUGGGAAUGCCGUGGCGCUGCUGAAGACAUUUCCCACCACUGUGGACAUGAUCAUCGUCCGAGAGUUGGCGGCGUAGAGCGAGACAGACGGGACUGUGGAGAGACGACCUCCAAUCCUUCUUGUUUUUAUAUACAGAGGAGCCUGGUCUAUAAAUAGAAGAACUGAAGUGCUUUAUGGGGAAGAUAACCUUCUAGAGCUUUUGGGAUAACGGGGGCCGAACCACUGCAUCAAGUGGACUUAGUGAGGGAGGAGAGGGACCUGGGGAGGGGGAGCAAACAUCUGGAAGCAUGCGUUGUCGUCUUAAAAGAAGAAGUCACUGUGGGAUAGCCGGUUAUUUUUUACACAGAGGUCGCUGCAGAGACGGCGUGUGCUCCAACGACACAGAGAUCAACAAAAAGUGCUUUCUGUAUCGUUAGACUUUCGUUUUUUUGAAGAAAAGAAUAUUCCUACAUCAUUCCGGAGUUGUAGUUGCUGUAGUUGAGCAUUAACUGUAGUUGACCACUAGAGGGCAGGGCUCCGUCUGUCUCUCUCUGCCCUCCUUUUUAAAUCAUGUAUUUUUAUGUGAUUUAAUAGAUGCUGAGACAACUUAUUUGACCUAGGCAACAUUUGAUCUGGGGGACAUUGUUAUGUGCUUUCUUGUGGAGAUGAAUGUAGUUAGUGCUGGGUUGUGCUUUCAGAACGAUGUUUAAGAAUCCCCCCCCUCCCCCUCCCCGCCUACUUGCAAUUGUGACAGUUUUCGACCAGGUCCUGUACAUGGUGGAUAGUUGAGAAGGACAAUUAAUUUGCUUCUGCCUCCAUAAAGCCUGUGAGCCACACACUGCAUACAUUUAUUAUAUACUGUCUGCAGUCUAGGAACAGUUUUAGUAGCCUCUGUGGAACCACUGGCUUGGAAUAUCCCUCACCUGAAAAUACCUGCCUGUGCCGUCACUGAACUGCUGACAGACGAGGACACUCACUCCGUCACUGAAUCAGCUACUCCGGUUGCUACCUACUUGGAUGCUGUAAAACACUCUUCCUAUGUGAAAUGGAAUUGGGACUGGGAUAUUGAACAGAUCAUGAUAUUUCUUUUGUUGGGGAAACUGACUGGGAGUAACAAUAUAGGAAUGUCUUUGCUUGGCCUUAAUUAGCCUAGCCAGGAUGUGGGAUAGUGGGUCAGGAGGCAGAGUGGUAAUGUCAGGUCACCAAAACAUGUGUUGAGACCAUGGUCAGGGUUUGGGGAGGUGCUGGUGGGAGUGACGCCCUAUUCACCAAAGUGCGCUACAUACUAGUGGUGCACUAUAUACAAAGGAUAUAGGGUGUGAUUUGAGAUGCAGCCUGUCAGACUCCGCCCCUUCCACUCAAGACUCCGAGCAGGUUUAGGCCUGGUCUCUGGGCACCUUCCACUCAAGACUCCGAGCAAGUUUAGGCCUGGUCUCUGGGCCCCUUCCACUCAUGUUGGUAAGAUUUUAAAGGGCUUCUCCCUCAACUCAGCCACUGGUGACUAGAAAACACUCACAAAACGGUUUGAGAUUAAAAAGGGGUUUAUGUCUGUCUAACAUAUUUUUGUUUAAGUGGGAAAACAACCAUAGUUUGCCUUUUUGUGUAUAAAAAUCAUAUUUUUUAGACAUCAAUUUAGGCUUUUCACUCUCUUUUUGUGUUGGGAUAGUGUUUCAUGCAUGGACUCUUCGCUCUACGCUGAGGGGAUUGAGCUGUUAAGUGCCAUAGACCUUGAACUGUUUGAACAAGGGGGUGGAGGGAGUGACUAUCCUGAGACCCAAGCAAUAUUCACAUAUUUCUCUUCACAACAAACUAAACGCUCUCUUCUUGAGUACACCCCGUGUGACUCGACACAAUGGUUUAAUAGCAAUAGUCAGCGGCUUUAUUUUCAUUCAGAAAGACAUCCAAUUGCAUUUUUUUUUACCUAUAAAAGGGAAAAACGCAAGAAGAAACCCUUUUAGUGAUCGCUGAUUGUUAUACAGGAUUUUAUAUUGUAAAGAAUCUUUUCUAAUGAAAAAACAACAUGGGGAGUUACAUUUUUAGCAAAGAAAGUCAAAUGUAAAAGUCUGCAUUGUAUAAUAGUGAGUGCUCUUGCGUCACUCAGCCCUAGGCUUACAUAUGAGUUGCAGGCUUUCCCAAACUUGACUGCUCGGAAAACUGUUCAAACCAACGUGUAUCUGUGCAAACAUUAAUAACUUUUACCCCAAUUAUAAAAUAAACUCAAUCCGAGCUGCAAAGUCAUUUGUAAUGUUUCUAAUUGAAUAGUGUCACAAGUUAUAAAAAUGCAUUUAAAACCUUUUACGCGAUGUCCACUUGGUGUAGUCAACAGUCUAUAGAUGUAUGUGUUGUUUGCAUGAAUUCACCCAAUGAAUUGUCUAUUUUGAAAAUUUAAUCCAUGAAACCUUUUAGAAAUAUUUCCUAUAGAAAGCAAACGAUCCAAUUCAAAGAUCUCUACAAGUUAUUACCCCACUGAACUUUUUUUGUAAAUCGAUUGUAAUGCAAACACUGAAUUGUGACAGAGCGUAUAUAAAGUACUUAUCAGAGAUUGAUCAUUGUUUUGUUUUUUUCCCACACAUUUAAUGGCAAUGUCGUUAUCCAAAUCCUUCGCAAAUUCCAAAAGGUAUGCAUGUAAUUCAUUGUUACUUUAUGCGUACAGCUAAAGAUUAUACUCAUGUUACUGUCAACUUGUGACUCGAAUAGAAAACAUUGUCAAUGUUUGCUCCCCUUUUUUCCAUUUUGAAUUCCAACUGAACAUUGCCCCCAAAUGAAACUGUACCGUUUUUUUUUUUUAAGCAACUGUAGACCCAGUGGCUCAUAACUGCAGAUAUUUGUCAUUGGUCAAUGUUAGCCUAGAGAGGUAACAUAUUGACUUAAGGUUUCCCCCCUGCAAGAUUACUGUACAUCAUGUUUUAAAUUAGAACAUUGUAAUUAUGCUUUUGUGUUGUUUUGUUGUGGGCACUGUGUUAUUUUACUUUCUUUCUGGGAAUAGGAACAAUCUAAUGAGAUUUCUUGGGUCAAUGUCAUAUUUAGACCUUGUACAAUCUGGGACUAAAACCUAGGGGGUCACCUGUCUGCCAUAUCCAAGAUAAACUGGUCUUCUCUUCAUUCUCCCACCUUGUUUUAAUUUAUUUAGCUCAGUCUCCUGUGACUUUUUAGACAUUACUAAUCAAAAUGUAAAUACUUUUUUAAAAAGUGAGGAAAUCAAUUAAUCAUGGCAUUAGUCACUCAGAGUUUGUAAAACCAGCAAUAAAUUGCAACGCAGACACAACCCGUUUAAUGUAUAGCUAUUUCAAAGGUUUCUCUGGAAACGGCUACAGUAAGAUGAUUGAUAUGCAUUCAUUCAACAUUCCAGAUUUUGUAUAUAACAGUACUGUUUCUGAGUUAACCUGUGGAAAAUAAGAAAUAAACUAAUGCUCUUUACAAUA